UGGACGUGCACUAGCUUCCGGGCCCGGACGCCAUUUCUAGCGGUUGCAGGUUCUCACGAGUUGUAGUCGGCUGGGACAAUGAGCUAUGACUACCAUCAGAGCUGGGGCCGCGAUGGCGGGCCCCGCAGCUCCGGCGGGGGCUAUGGGGGAAGCUAUGGAGGAGGCCAUGGAGGGGGCCAUGGAGGGAACCGAGGCUCUGGAGGCGGCGGCGGCGGCGGCGGAGGAGGAGGAGGUGGUCGAGGCGGCCGAGGCCGACAUCCCGGGCACCUAAAAGGCCGCGAAAUUGGCUUGUGGUAUGCGAAGAAACAGGGUCAGAAGAACAAGGAAGCGGAGAGGCAGGAGAGAGCUGUAGUACACAUGGAUGAACGUCGAGAAGAACAAAUUGUGCAGCUGCUGCAUUCAGUCCAAGCUAAGAAUGAUAAAGAUUCGGAAACACAGAUAUCCUGGUUUGCUCCUGAAGAUCACGGUUACGGGACUGAAGCUCCUGCUGAGAGCAAACCAAACUCAGAGAAAAAACUUGAGGACCAGGAAAAGAAAUUGAUAAAUCAAGAAAAGAGGACAUUUAGAAUCAGGGACAAAUAUAUUGACCGAGAUUCUGAGUAUCUCUUGCAAGAAAAUGAACCUGAUGUAACCUUAGACCAACAACUAUUGGAAGAUUUACAAAAGAAAAAAAGUGACCCUCGGUAUAUUGAAAUGCAGCAUUUCAGGGAAAAGCUGCCUUCAUAUGGAAUGCAAAAGGAAUUGGUGAAUAUGAUUGAUAACCAUCAAGUAACAGUAAUAAGUGGUGAAACUGGUUGUGGAAAAACUACUCAAGUUACUCAGUUCAUUUUGGAUAACUACAUUGAAAGAGGAAAAGGAUCUGCAUGCAGGAUAGUUUGUACUCAGCCAAGAAGAAUUAGUGCCAUUUCGGUUGCAGAGAGAGUGGCCGCAGAAAGGGCCGAAUCUUGUGGCAAUGGUAAUAGUACCGGAUACCAGAUUCGUCUCCAGAGUCGGUUGCCAAGGAAGCAGGGUUCUAUCUUAUACUGUACAACAGGAAUUAUCCUUCAGUGGCUGCAGUCAGACUCGCGUUUGUCCAGUGUUAGUCAUAUUGUGCUUGAUGAAAUCCAUGAGAGAAACCUACAGUCAGAUGUUUUAAUGACUGUUAUUAAAGAUCUUCUCAAUUUUCGACCUGACCUGAAGGUCAUAUUAAUGAGUGCGACAUUGAAUGCUGAGAAAUUUUCAGAAUAUUUUGGUAACUGUCCAAUGAUACACAUACCUGGUUUUACUUUUCCGGUUGCGGAGUAUCUUUUGGAAGAUAUAAUUGAAAAAAUAAGAUAUGUUCCAGAACAAAAAGAACACAGGUCCCAGUUUAAGAGGGGUUUCAUGCAAGGGCAUGUAAACAGACAAGAAAAAGAAGAAAAAGAAGCAAUCUAUAAAGAACGCUGGCCAGAUUAUGUAAGGGAACUGCGAAAAAGGUAUUCUGCAAGUACUGUAGAUGUUCUGGAAAUGAUCGAUGAUGAUAAAGUUGAUCUGAAUUUGAUUGCUGCCCUUAUCCGACACAUUGUUUUGGAAGAAGAGGAUGGUGCGAUACUGGUCUUCCUACCAGGCUGGGACAAUAUCAGCACUUUACAUGAUCUCUUGAUGUCACAAGUGAUGUUUAAAUCAGACAGGUUUAUUAUUAUACCCUUACAUUCACUGAUGCCUACGGUUAACCAGACACAGGUAUUUAAAAGAACUCCUCCUGGUGUUCGGAAAAUAGUAAUUGCUACCAAUAUUGCAGAGACUAGCAUUACCAUAGAUGAUGUAGUUUAUGUAAUAGAUGGAGGAAAAAUAAAAGAGACACACUUUGACACACAAAACAACAUCAGUACCAUGUCUGCUGAGUGGGUUAGUAAAGCUAAUGCCAAACAAAGGAAAGGUCGAGCUGGAAGAGUGCAGCCUGGUCAUUGCUAUCAUCUAUAUAAUGGUCUUAGAGCAAGCCUUCUGGAUGACUAUCAACUGCCAGAAAUUUUGAGAACUCCUCUGGAAGAGCUUUGUUUACAAAUAAAGAUUUUAAGGCUAGGUGGAAUUGCUUAUUUUCUGAGUAGGUUAAUGGAUCCACCAUCAGAUGAAGCGGUGUCACUCUCCAUAAAACACCUGAUGGAACUGAAUGCUUUGGAUAAACAAGAAGAAUUGACACCCCUUGGAGUCCACUUAGCACGAUUACCAGUUGAGCCACACAUUGGAAAAAUGAUUCUUUUUGGAGCUCUUUUCUGUUGUUUAGACCCAGUACUCACCAUUGCUGCUAGUCUCAGCUUCAAAGAUCCCUUUGUCAUUCCGUUGGGCAAAGAAAAGAUUGCAGAUGCAAGAAGAAAAGAAUUGGCAAAAGAUACCAAAAGUGACCAUCUGACAGUUGUGAAUGCAUUUGAGGGCUGGGAAGAUGCUAGACGACGUGGUUUCAGAUAUGAAAAAGACUAUUGCUGGGAAUAUUUUUUGUCUUCAAACACAUUGCAGAUGCUGCAUAACAUGAAAGGACAGUUUGCUGAGCAUCUUCUUGGAGCUGGAUUUGUAAGCAGUAGAAAUCCUAAAGAUCCAAAGUCUAAUAUAAAUUCAGAUAAUGAGAAGAUAAUUAAAGCUGUCAUCUGUGCUGGUUUAUAUCCUAAAGUUGCUAAAAUCCGACUAAAUUUGGGUAAAAAAAGAAAAAUGGUCAAAGUUUACACAAAAACUGAUGGACUAGUUGCUAUUCAUCCUAAAUCUGUUAAUGUGGAGCAAACAGAAUUUCACUACAACUGGCUUAUCUAUCACCUGAAGAUGAGAACAAGUAGUAUAUACUUGUAUGACUGCACAGAGGUUUCCCCAUACUGUCUCUUGUUCUUUGGAGGUGAUAUUUCCAUCCAGAAGGAUAAUGAUCAGGAAACUAUUGCCGUAGAUGAAUGGAUUGUCUUUCAGUCUCCAGCAAGAAUUGCCCAUCUUGUUAAGGAAUUAAGAAAAGAACUAGAUAUCCUUCUGCAAGAGAAGAUCGAAAGUCCCCAUCCGGUAGAUUGGAAGGACACUAAAUCCAGAGACUGUGCAGUACUGUCAGCUAUUAUAGACUUGAUUAAAACACAGGAAAAAGCAAGUCCCAGGAACUUUCCACCACGAUUCCAGGAUGGAUAUUACAGCUGACAACUUUUCUGUGGUGGUCUGAAACUUUGACAGCCAUUUUCCAUCAUAGUUUAAUUUUUGGCUAGAUGCCAAACCACGGGACAUGAAUAAUUUCCAUAUGUAAGGUAGAAAUCUUCAGUAGGUAGUAAAGAUGUAAUGUGCAUGAUUUAACAAUGUUAUCUGUAGCUAUUAUAAAUAUACCAUAAAAAGCAAUAUGUUUUCUGAUCAUAUAUUCUGUUGUGGUCAUGUCCACACUUUGGGAGGACUGCUCUUAUAUAUAUUGAGUGUUGUACCACUUGAAAAAUGCCUUUGUUCUUUUAAGAAAAGUUAAUCUUUCUGCCCAUAGUGACUGAAUACAGAAACCGGUAAAAAACAGAAUGGUUAGCCAAAAAGCAGUAUCAAGUUAAAAAUCUGAACACAACCACAUUUUUAAGUAAAACUUCUAUUAGAGGUAAAUUAAUCUGUUGUUAUAAAGCCCAGUAUUUAAUAAAAUGUACAGUGUAUAAAUCUCA